UGAUCAAUGGAUAACAUAACUUGUAUUGACAUCCUUCUCGUUCAAAUCGUCAAUCAAUGUUUGUUUUCGAUUCCAGCGAGACGAACUUGAAGUGCCGUCAAUGCCUGCCGGAAACGGCGGAGAUGGGCCAAGACGACGCGUUGCUGUCGAAUUCGACGGCGAGAUCGCCUGCGAGAUGCCCAACAAUCUGCUGAACAAGUUCGAAGGUGUGCUGAUAUGGAAAGGGAAACGGUACUCGUUGGACAACGACAAGAUCAUGCUGAGAGGAUGCGUGCUGAGGAACACGCAAUGGUGCUACGGAGUGGUCAUAUUCGCCGGCAAGGACACCAAGCUAAUGCAGAACAGCGGCAAGAGCAAGUUCAAGCGGACGACAUCGAUCGGUUAUUGA